CAAGGAACAGGUGCCCAUCUCGUUCUGUAAUCGGAUUCCAAGAAGAAAGAGUCCAAUUUCGGUUUGUAUUGGAAACAUCAGUAAUUAUCCGUCGAUUUACGUGUAAAUUGUACACCAGCCUGAAUCGUAUCCGAAGGAGCCUAUAACAAGCGCUCAGCCCGGUUGUCCACGAUCGUCGCACAUCGAAGGAGCCUCAUUACAAGAAUAUUUUUUGCCCACAUCUUGUUUGAAGAUGUAAGUUGCCUCGAUCACCAUGAAGCUCAGUAGAGGUCGCCGCCGCAGCCGUGAUGUAAGUCGUUCUAUUUUUUUUUGGCUUUAUUAUUACUGUUACUCCCUCCGUUUGGAAUUCACUGAAAUGACUGUAUCUAGAUGGAAACCCAGUCAAAGGCAGCAGCUGCUAACCGGGAGGACAGGCUAAGCGAGCUGCCCAACGACGUGCUUCUCAACAUCCUCGAGAGGGUGGGCACGCUCGACGCCCUAAGAACCUGCAUCCUGUCGAAGCAAAUGCAGAAGCUGCCCGCCAUGCUCUCGCAGAUCAUAAUCGAUCUCAGCAAUCGCGAUUUGAUCCAAAUGGACGGCGUCGUCGCCGACGUGACCAAAAAGAUCCUCAGCGCGAGGCCUCCACAGAUCACCGUCCGCAAGCUGAAGCUCAAGUUCUUCCUGGUUCCCGCCCGCUGCCGCGCCAUCGGCAGAUCCGUCGGCCUCGCCAUGGCGACCGAGAAAUUCGACGCGGCGGAGUUUGAAAUCAUGACGCCGAGGGACACCAACCAUUGCACCGACGCCCAUCGCCUGCUCUUCGCCAAGCAGUUCAACGAUUUUGUCUGCGAUUGUCCGGACGCAUUUGCUGGUCUCACGCAGCUGCAUCUGCGGAACAUGAGGUUCGGUGAAUCGGACAAACCCAGCAUCCUCCGCCAUUGCAGGCGGCUGGAGUCCCUGUCUUUCCGCGAGUGCGACGCGGGGUUCCGCUCGGUGCUCCGUGUGGAACACGCUCGGCUCGUCGAGUUUGCUAUCACCUACGGGGAAUUUAAAACGGUGGUGCUUGACUGUCUGCCAAAGCUCCAGCGGAUGAGCUACAGGAAUUGGCCCUGUGAUGAGAACCCCUUGGUUCUUGGUUUUGUGCCUCAGCUUUCGAAGCUUAGCCUUGCUAAUGCAAACAUUUCGGGCAAGACCCUCAACCUAAGCCAGCUGCUUGCGAAUGCCCCCACUGUAAGCGAUUUGUACCUGGAGUUUCGCAGUGAAAAGAUUUGGGUUCAACCAGAAUGCUCAAAAGUGCUUGCUCCCGUGCUUGCCGAACUUCGGUUUGUGAAUCUGGAUCAUCUUCCUGAAGACUGUGAUAUCUCUUGGACGAUGUUCCUUCUUGAAUCUGCACCAUACUUAGAGGAGCUUUGCAUCACGGUAUGGGAUCAUAAGUGCCGGUCGGAGUCGCAAAAGAGUUUCUCCAAGAAAAUGGAUGUGAAGUGGGGGCCAUCCGAUCCUCAUUUUAGGCACAAGAAUCUGGGGAGGCUAAUUAUCCACGGCUUCCAGUCCGACGGCAAUUUCACAGGAUACGUUAGGCGUGUCAUUCAAGCUGCAGUGAACAUCAGGGAGGUGUCCCUGCAUGAUAGGAAGGUGUGUCAAUGGUGUGUCGAAAAGUUUCCUCAUUUGAGGUUUCGUCCUUCGAGUUAUCCACGGACCAGAGAGGAUGCAGAUUUGUUGAGGAAGAAGAUGACAGCAGAGACGGCGACCGCUUCUCCUGAUAUUCACUUUUGCUCGUAAGGUCGGGUUGAAGAUGAAUCUUGAUGUGGUUGGAAGGACUCGUCUUUCUCGAAGACCCAAUUGGUUGCUACUACGUCAGUGCUAUUGCUUUUCCGCAAAAAUGUGUCUGGGCUACCAAUUUGUUGGAACAACUCAUUUAGUUAUUUUCGACAAUGAGACCGAUAAAGUAAGCACGUCUGUGUUGUGGUCGUGCAGCAACUGCUUAUGUUUAAAACAACUAAUAUUCAGAACGUAUGAUGCUCUGUUAUUUUUUCUAUUCUGUAUUUUUGAGAGCCAAGGCACUCGCUAUUUUUCAUAGACGCGCAAACGCAAACUUCGCUGGAAGAGGAAAAUGCACAAAGAAAUCUUUAAGCCGGCAUUCCCUGCUUAGCACAAUAGCACUGCCUUUAUUUUUGCGGAAAAUAGUACUGCCCUUUCAGGCAGAAGAUUCUUGCAGGCGGUGACACACCUGCAAAGCAGCUUGAACGGAUAUGUAAAUCUAGUACUCCCUCUAUAAAGAAAUAUAAGAGCGUUUAUAGAUCACUAAAAUAAUGAUUUAAAUGCUCUUAUAUUUCUGUACAGAGGGACUAACAUGAAAACAAGCCGCAAAGGUCAUGUGAAACUACGCAAUCAUGAACCGUCAAAGUACGUGUGAAUGGUUGUGUCCAUGUUUUCUAAAGACCAAAGCAACAUAUUCCUUUGCCCGAGAAUGACCGGUAAUGAAAUUGCUCGGUAAACACGCCCAACUGUGAUUAUUUUUGUACUGAUCUACAAUUCGAGAUUUUGUGUGUAAAUAUUCAGCGCUGGCGCCACUUGUCUGGUCACAUUUUGAUCCUUUAUGCGCCAUUUCAAUUUUUAUCUCCAUUAUUAUAAGUCGAUUUGUCUGGUCUUUGAUAUCUUUCACGUUACUCAAACAAAUAUGAAGGACAUGCAUAUUGGCAUACCCAAAGAACCGAGUGGUCAGCUUUAUAUACUCACUAUCUUCCACAAUGUAGUGUGUAUAGAUUUUUUGAGAAGUCAAACUUCAUAAACUUAGACCAUGUUUAUAUACACUUGCAUCUACAAUACUAAGUAUAUAUCAUUGAUUGCAAUAUUGUGUUGGU